UCAAAGGAAAUUUGAGUAAUAAAAAUAAAUUUCUGUAAAACACUUUACAGAAGACAAAAUCUUUCUUAGAAUUAGACGCAAAAGGAAGGAAUACAUCUAUAAUCUGAAAAGACAGGCAAUUUAAUACUUAUAGUAAUAGAAUGAAGCCAAAAUCUUCUGGCUUGCGUGCACGACGAAGUUUAACUUUUGAAGAACGCCCAUAUGCUGGGAAAACAUUUUACGUUGAUGUAAAGUCAGCCUCAGCAAAAUCCAAGAUUUCCCAACGUAUACAACAUUUAGGAGGACAAAUUGAAAAUUUCUUAUCCAAGGACUUGAGCUUGUUAAUCACUGACAAAAAUUCAACACGGCAAUCAAGAGAUGAUUGUUCAUCAAAACAGGCUGUGAAAAGUGUUCCAUUGAGCAGAGGGCAGGCUCUUCUGUUAAAAGCAUCAGCCAAUCAGAACUGUGAUUCAAACAACAACAGCAAUGGACUGUUACAAAGUGCUGCAAAACUGGGAAUUAAAAUUGAGACUCCUGCUGGAUUCCUUCGUGACAGCUCAAAACUCUUGGAGAAACUUGCACCAGAAACUCCUCCUGGCAAAUUGGAUACCUCCAUGAGUGGAAUGUCACCAAUUACUUGGGAUUCAGAAAAAGAAAAUGGUCCUGUAAUUAAAGUUGAAGAUGAAGAUGGCUUGUAUAGACCUUUAUUCAAACAGUUUGAGUCAUUUCCACAGGUUUCUUAUAAUGAAACUGGGUCUCCUUUUGAUGUUGGUGUAGUGUUGACUAAGGUUAAAGAAAGUAAUAACCAGUCAAAGAAGAAAUCAGCUGGAGGAGUACUCAGGGGAGGAUACUGUGAAUCUUGUGACCACUGGUAUAAAUGUAGUCUAAGAGAACAUUUGAAUAGUGAAAAGCAUAAAGAAUUCAUUUCUGUUGCAGAAAAUUUUACAUCUUUAAAUCAUGUGUCAUCUUGUUUACCUAAUCUUGGGAAAUUUGUGGGUAAAUACGGACUCAAAGACAAUGGUGACAGUCCUGAAAUCUUAUCUGAUACACAGAACUUAAGCGGUGCUCUCGAUAUGUGUGAAUCUGAUCUUCAAGACCUUGUACGUAGCAGACUUUCACCAGGUUCUGAAGAAAAUAGAAAUUCCAAAGAAUUAGGAGGUUUAUCAUGCCAUGACGAUAAAUUUUCAGACACUAAACAGAAAGUUAGAUGUAGGAAUGUUUCAAGGACUGAACCGAUAUUAGAACAAAACUGUAACCUUGAUGCUGAAGCUGUUCCAAAUACUCAGCCUGUUAAAUAUGCAGAAGAAAGUCUUUCUUUGCCUCAGUAUCAAAGUGCAGUAAAAGUUUCAGCCACAGACUUUCAGAAAAAACUGUCUGUGAAUACACUUCAAAGUGAUAGAAGUGAACCUAAAAGUGAAUAUAGCAAUAGAAGUAUUAAAGCAAGCAUGUCGAAACAGAUGGGUAGAAUGUUCUCAGUGGAUGAUGUUAUUGCAAGUGUUACCGAAAAUGAUGACUAUUUUUCAUCAGGAGAUGAAAUUGGGGUAGAAGGUCCCUUGUCCAAAACAUCUUGCAUUAUUACAAAGCAUCUGACCUCGGAAACGUCAACAAAUGUAAGUUCAAGUCAGAGCUUACCUGAUAGCAACAGCAGAAAUGUUAAGAUAACAGCUGAAGAUCUGAAUAAAGAUAAAAGGCCUCUGAAUAUACCAACAGGAAAGUCUAAGCAAGAUACAGAAGGAGACGCUGUGAGAUUUCAAAACAUACCUAUGAUGCAUUUUUCAUCGUCAUCGUUUGGUGACAAUGGUGUUAGUAAUGUUAUUUCAUUACUCAACAGCCAGCAUUCCAGAAAGAGUUGUGAUAGAGAUAUUGUUAGUGGAAUAGUGUCAGGUGAAGAAAAUUCUGUUGUAGAUGGUAGCUGUAGUGGAAAGUCUUCUUGGGCUUUGGAGAAAUUAAGUGACAUAUCUGAUAGUGGAGAAAAUGCUCUUGUAGCAAACUGUAAUGUAUCUGAGCUACCAGUAGCUAAUGGUAAUGUUUUAGAACACCUAAUUGAUGAGUUUAGUGAUAAAGAAAAUGACAUGCCUGUUCUGGAAGCAGUAGUGGACAUGAAGGAGAGAGGUGCAGAAUUAGAUCUGAUGCCCACACUAGAUAGUUACGAUUCAGCAGACAUUGACAUGUUUUGUAAAUCAAUUUCAAGUGAAGACAAAGUUAAUAAUACACAUGCUGUUCUAAGUGUACCACUGCCUGAGUACAGUAAUAUCACUGAAGAAUCAUUGCAAGAUAAGCCACACAUUACAGCUCCACAUAUUUUAAGUCAGAAUUUACAAACCAACUAUGAAGUUCCAAUCUUUAAUAUAGAAAAUAAUGUGAUAAAGAAAGAAUUGGUAUUGGAAACACCUGACAAGGAUAGGAUGAACACUUUGAAGUCGAAGAUAUACAAGAAUAAAGAGAAUUCAGGAUCAACGAUAAGAAACUGGUUGCUACCGAAUAAUGAUUCAGGAAGUGUUAGGUCGGUUCAGUCUCCCGGAAACCUAAAUGCAACCUUGGUAAACACUAGCUAUAAUAUCGUGGAAACAUCACAUGCUGAAAAUGGUAAAGACAUUGAAAAAGAUAGUGGUGAGAUAACAAGUCUUAAUGAUAUGAAAGAAACAGCUGACAGGUCAAAAGUUGCUGACUGGAUACAGAGACAAGAUUUUGUAGUAGCAGAAAAUGUGAGUGAAAAUUCAAGGCAAGGUUUUGAAGAAAAUAUUGUAGAAACUGGAUUUCCACACUGUGAUAAUGAACAGAUUAAAGAAGAGAAUGAAAAUGAAGCCGGUUAUUUUAAAGAUCUUAAAUCAUGUAGUGAAAAAAGGUAUGGUAGUGAAAAACAAGACUUCGAUUUUUGGUCAGAGAGUGGGACCAGUAUUUCUGACUGUACACUGGAUAACUUCAAAAUUGGACGUUGUGAAGAGAGCAAUGUUCGUGCAGGAAUUGAAAGUGAUGUUAUCAAAGAAACUGUGAAAGACAAUGCUACUGACAUGCUAACACAUGAUGAAAUGUCUCAGGAUUCUGAUAUUAGUGCUAAAACAGGUCUUACAUCAGUUGUAACAGCAAGAGGAAUAAAAAUAACAGGACUUUCGUCUUUGUCGUCACAUUUCUUUAACGCUGCUGAAAGUGAUGUGUUUACUGCAACUGAAAGUAGUACUGUACCUUACGGUUGCACUAGGAGGAACUCUGACUGUUCUUUUGCUGACAGUAUCAACAAAGUUGUAUCAGAUGUGAAGGUGCAGACUUCAGAGUGUCAGGUGAAUGCCGUAAAUAGACCUCAACAGGAGUACAAAACACUGGUAGACAGAAACAUUACAUCCGAUCUGAAUAACUUGGCUGGUACAAAAACACAAGUACAAGCAAACUCGGUAACCAGUCAGAAAAAGACAAAAACAAAGAGUGCAAAAACUAAUGUUACCAUUAAAGACAAAGGUCAAACAAAAGAAAAGAAACCAAGAGCAACAAGAACAGCUAAAUCAAAGAAACAGAACCAGACUCAUAACUUAUUGAAUCAGGUGUUAACGUCAAAUUUAUACAGUCCGGUAUCAUCCACUAUUGGAAAUAGUCCCAUUCAGAAUACUCACACUGAUCAGUUAUACACUCAUCCCAUACAAACAAAUGCAUAUCCUCAGAAUCUUGGGCAAGAAAAUAUAUCUAGUCCCAUUACACACCAGCUACAGGGUUUUGGACAUUUUCAACAAGACCAGUUUGGUAUACAUGGACAGCACAAUGGUACAAAUCCACAGGAACAUAAUCCAUAUUCUCAAAACAAUAGUGAGUUUAGAAUGAUGGACUUACUGUUGUCUCCUGGGGACCAGUUGAAUACAUUUCAUCCUCAGACAAAGUUUCAGCAAAAUCUCACCCAUCAGCAACAGGGUAUUAGUCAUCUGAUGCAGCAUAGUAGUGUAUUGAAUCAAAAUAAUAAUGGUCUGGCAGGAGGUUGUAUGCCAAACUUACUGCCAAAUCAGAAUAUUAACCAUCAGUUUGGUGUAUUGCCUUUUUCGCAGGUUUAUCAAAACCAGGACAGCUGUCAGAGUAAUAAAGAAAACGGUCAUCAUUUCUUGUCAUCAGAUUCAAACUUUUUCAUGCACAAUUGGAAUACUAGUUCCAGUGUUGAUCGGCACAGUCAACCUGCACACCAGGUACCAGGCAAUCAUUUGAAUUACCCAGAAUGCCACGGUAACAUGUCACAUGAUCACUCCAGAUCAAAUGGAAGCUUACAGACAAUUGAAAUGUCUCAUAUAGCAGACAGUAACGGAGUUUGUGAAAAUAACUUUAAUUUCAAGAUAGCAGAUACAAAAAGAUUGAAUAGUGAUUCUAAUGUCUCCAGGAAGUUUGGACAACCAAAAAAAAUAAAACAAACUUCGCAAAGAAACAAACAGAAAGAUAAUGCUAAGCAUGAAAGUAAUAGUAUGCAAUUACAUAGCAAUAUUAGGUAUGAUGUAAAUACUGGUUAUAAGAAUCUCGGCACACAAUCCUUGUCUCAUUUAAACAACCAUUGUGUCAGUGUAAACUAUACAAAAUCUCUUAGACUAGACAAUUUGAGUCCACAUAUGCCGUCAGUGCCAACAAAUUAUUCUCCACAAAAUCAUUUUAUGCAGACUGUUAAUAAUUCUCAACAGAAUCAUCAGCUUGCCAAUUAUAAUACAUCACCCAGCGUUGGUGGCUAUAGUCCUGGUUACUAUAGUUCUAUACAACAGGGAUGUGUAGACAGGCAGGCAAACAUGUACAAUACAGUACAGUCUGGGGACACGAAGAUCACCAUUCGAAGAAUACCGUCAGUUAAUACUGCGCCUGUCAAUAAACAUCCAAAACAUGAUCUCAUGCAAUACUGGAAUGUACGUAAAGCUGGGGAUUGUCGACUUGUAUUCAGUGCAAACAUGGGAAAUGGUAAAAGAAAAGCUGAAGAAGAAACACCUACUAAGUUACACAUGUCACAUAUAAACAGUGGGCAAAAUGUACAGCCUGUAUCCAAAAAAAGAAAAUGCCUAGUGUAUUAAUCAGGAAAUUUCCGAACACUUAUGUUUGUAUUGUAUCAAUGUUCAUAUUUAAGGGAUAGUGCUACAAAUGAUAGUUUGGUUCAGUUAUAUAGCAGCAAA